GACGGUCUCGCAUUCCAUUGUUGCCAGUGAACUGAAUUGCCAACUGAGCCAUUCAUUUCGGAAAUGCGCUUCAGUCGCCUCAGCGCUGACAAGCAGAGGAACUUCACCCGUUCUGGCAAUCCGGGGUGCCCAAGCGUGACCAAAAUCUGGUGCACACCGAAAGGUGGCAAGCAUUCAACCGCUCCCUGGUGGUCACAAAAGGCUUUUCCAGCGGUAGCGGAGGACAUCACGGUGGAUCCAGUUGAAGUGGCAGCCCCUGCAGAGGCAGCCGCAGAGGCGGCUCCCCUACUAGCGGAAGACAUCACUCUGGAUGACCGGUCUGCGGAACUGACUGCUCCUGCAGAGGUUCCGGAACGCACCACUGAAGACGAUGUGGCCGAGGAGCCUGUGAAGUCUCCAAAGGCUGUUCCAGCAGUAGCGGAGGACAUCACGGUGGAUGAUCCAGUUGAAGUGGCAGCCCCUGCAGAGGGUGAACGCGAGUGUCGUGAUGUGUUGUAUGCUAUGCAGUCCCUUGGCAAAGACCAGAAUGACAGCGAUGCUGAGUCAACAGUCGCGUCUCAGGGGCCAACCGAAGUUGAGGAUUGGUUUGGAGAGUUUGCUGCCUUUCAUCGCGAAGACUACUGGUGACAGUUUAGGUAGCCAUUCGAAGUCGCAGCAUGGACCGCGAAGAGCGCGGGCCAUUGCAAUGAACUGCCGGCGAAGAAAA